CGGCGCGCCCCGGAAAGCGCCGCGGAACGGUUUCCUUGUGGCGGGUGAGAUGGCGGCGUCCGGAGCUGCGGUUACUGUCACCGUCACGUACAGUAAUGAAAAACACAAUAUUCAGGUUGCUUCCCAACAAGAAAAUGGUGAACCUACGCUACAAGACAUGGCUCUUCUUAUUGAACAAGUCACUGGAGUUCCAGUUCCUUUUCAGAAACUGAUAUACAAAGGGAAGUCUCUGAGAGAACUGGAACAGCCAUUGUCAGCACUUGGAGUUAAAAACGGUUGCAAAGUCAUGUUGAUUGGGAAAAGGAAUAGUCCAGAAGAAGAGGCUGAAUUAAAGAAGCUGAAAGAUUUGGAGAAGUCAGUGGAGCAAAUAGCUAAUAAGUUAGAUGAAGUUAAUAAAGAGCUCACAGGUAUCCAGAAGGGAUUUUUAGCAAAGGAUCUCCAAGCAGAAGCACUAAAACAGCUGGACAAGAGGAUAAAGGGAACUGCAGAGCAGUUCAUGAAGAUCCUGGAACAGAUUGAUGCCAUUAAUCUACCAGAGAAUUUCAGUGAUUGCAAACUGAAAAAGAAGGGGUUGGUGAAAAGGGUUCAGGUUUUUCUUGCCCAGUGUGAUACCAUUGAAGGAAAUAUUGGCCAAGAAAUAGACAAGCUACAGUCAAAGAAUUUGGCACUGGCAGAAUGAGGCAUUGCCCUACAUAAUUAGGAAACAUAAUUGCUCUGUGAGCAAGAAGAAAAGUUUGCUCUUUGUUUUGGAGCACGUAUUCAGCUUUUUUUUUGUUUUUGUUAAAGCCCAGUCUGUUAGACUGGUACCAGUCAAUCAUUUCUUGCUGGUUGUCUUGUUUGCCACUUGGUUAGACCUAUUAUUUUGAAGAGAAAAUAAUUCCUGAAGAAUGGCAGAAAUAAUCUUUGUGGUGAAUUGUUAUAUACCUUAUGGAGAAAUGUUUAGUUAACUAAGUUAUCAAGUUUGCAGUGAUGGGCAGUUCUGUCUGAUAUAUCUUUGAAUACAGCUCAAAAAGUCUGUAACUGUACAAGUGCCGUAAGUUGCAAUUGUAGGAGUUCAGCUUGAUUGAAAAAGGCAAACUGAGACCACACCUGGGAAAGUCGAACAUUAUAGUAGACAGUUCAGAGCAAUAAAAAAAAUCCCUUCAUUUGUAUCUAUUUAAUGUUUGUAUGCAUUUAUAAAUAAUAAGAAAGCUUGACUAUAAGGGAGUCGUACCUAUUUUAGCCUUAAAUUGUCAUAAUAAAUGGAAUGUACUGUAACAUGUAUGGUACUUAAUUUUGAGUGGUGCUUUAAGUUGUUACGGAGCUCCUUGAUACAGAUGUAUGGUUUUUACAUGGAUUUCUGAUGUACUGUGUUUUUUAUAGAUGAUUCUUAUUUUUUGUUUAUGUUCCAUCUUGAAUUAUGGUGGGAAAUGAAAUGAGAUUACUUAUGCUGCUCAUAAACCAAGGGUUCAGUUCAAGCAACAUAUAACUAAGGAACUGUUUUGAGAGGGUUUUUUAUGCUUUUUUCCCCAUUUCACUGAAUUCCUGAUUCUGUAUUUAAUGCAAAAUUGCUGUGAUUAUUUCUAGCCUGUUAAGGUAGUCAGUGAAGUUUUGUAACAGGUUACAAAGUGAUAGAAUUCAUUUUAGUCAUGCCAUGCGUCUAAGGGUUAUGACUGAUCCUUGUAGUCGGAUACAUGCCACACUUUCCCUUCUCUGUUAGGUGGAAAUUAAGCUUUUGCAGAAGGUAAUGGUCAGCAGGCGCAGCCAACUUUGCAGUUGUUGGUCAGAGCCUGUAGCUAUUGGAUUUGUAGUGGUAGCUGUUUUUUCAGUGGUGCUUCUGGUCAGUAGGUCAGUCUUACACGCAGUGGCUGGUGAAGUAAUGACUGGUAAGGAGCCUGUUUCUGUGAGGGGGAAGAAGAACUUUCAUCUCUAAUGAGUCAGGAUGUUUAGAAAUGGCCCUUAAGUAGUGAGCUCUUAUCCUUAUAUGUGACUGUUUUAAGAUUAGCUAUCCUUUCAAGAUAAAAAUAGGAAGUGUGUGUAAAAAGAUGUUAACUUCUAAUAAGUUGUAAACCUUAAAUAAUACCCAAAGUGUUAUUAUUACAGUAUUAUCUUUGGUGUUUGUAAUAGGAAGAGGAGCAUUUCUUUAGUGAAAAAUGCCAUUGGACAAAUGAAGUGAUAGCCCUGCACUAGAAAGGGUCACUUUUAUUUUAAAAACGCCUUUUGAUUAUACCAAGAUUGGAGUUGCCAUAAUUUUUACUGUUAAAUAACUUCUUCAGGGUUGUAUUUUGUAUGUAACUCCCGGCAUCUGUGGAGGAUUUCAAGGUCUAGACUCCUAGGAAGCUUGUCUAUCAUGUUAGGAAAUGGUAUGCUUGGUAGGACUGGGUAUUUUUAACUAGGCUGCCAGUCUGGUCAUGCUGCAUUUUCCCAGCACUUUAGGAAGAAGAAGA